GGGGGUGUGGCCGCGAGCUCGGGCUGUGCGCGGAGGGCGUGGCCUGUGCGGGGCGGGACUUAUUGCCCGCGCGGUGAGGGAGCGUGGUCUCGCGCAAGCCGGCGUGCGGUCCCGCGGCGCUGCAGUUGUGUCCAGCCGGUCACGGGGCGGCUAUGGCGGCCACGUUCUUCGGAGAGGUGGUGAAGGCGCCGUGCCGAGCUGGGACUGAGGACGAAGAGGAGGAGGAGGAGGGGCGGAGGGAGACGCCCGAGGACAGGGAGGUGCGUCAGCAGCUGGCGCGGAAGAGGGAAGUGCGGCUCCUUCGAAGACAAACAAAAACAUCUUUGGAAGUUUCUUUGCUAGAAAAAUAUCCGUGCUCCAAGUUUAUAAUUGCUAUAGGAAAUAAUGCAGUAGCAUUUCUGUCAUCAUUUGUUAUGAAUUCAGGAGUCUGGGAGGAAGUUGGUUGUGCUAAACUCUGGAAUGAAUGGUGUAGAACAACAGACACUACACAUCUGUCCUCCACAGAGGCUUUUUGUGUGUUUUAUCAUCUAAAAUCCAAUCCCUUGGUUUUCCUCUGUCAGUGCAGUUGCUAUGUUGCAGAAGAUCAACAGUAUCAGUGGCUGGAAAAGGUUUUUGGCUCUUGUCCAAGGAAGAACAUGCAGAUAACUAUUCUCACAUGUCGACAUGUUACCGAUUAUAAAACCUCAGAAUCCACCGGCAGCCUUCCUUCUCCUUUCCUGAGAGCCCUAAAAACACAGAAUUUCAAAGACUCGGCGUGUUGUCCAUUGCUAGAACAACCGAAUAUAGUACACGACCUUCCUGCAGCAGUUCUAAGUUACUGUCAAGUAUGGAAAAUCCCAGCAAUUCUGUACUUGUGUUAUACUGAUGUGAUGAAAUUAGACCUAAUCACAGUGGAAGCUUUUAAGCCUAUACUUUCUACCAGAAGCUUGAAGGGUUUGGUUAAGGUGUGGUGGGCUGAACCGGGUCGUCUGAAAGGAUGUUGAAAUCCUAAUGCCUUUGGAACUAGGGAAUUGGAUCAUGCAAUUAUGAGAGCUGGCAAGUCUGAAAUCUUCAGGGCAGGCCCAUUGGCUGGAGAGCCAGGGAAGAGUUGAUGUCUGAAGACGAUUGCCUGGCAGAAUUCCGUCUUCCUCCAGGGACCUCCAUCUUUUCUCUUAUGACCUUCAAUGGAUUGAAUGAGGCCCACUCUGAUUAUGGAGGGUAAUUUGCUUUACUCAAAGCCUGUUGACUUAAAUGUUAAUCCCAUCUAAAACAUAUCUUCACAGUAACGUCUAGACUGGUGUUUGACCUAACAACUGGUCACCACGGCCUAGCCAAGUUGACAUAUAAAAUCAACCAUUGCAACCAGUAACUACUAAAAAAAGUCAAAUGCAAUAAAUGCAUAAUUGCACUGGAAGUAUGCAGUGGCCCAAGGACCAGUGACUCUGGGGACUGGGAAAAGCUGCAUGGAAGAGAAGAUAUCUUGGAGAAGGAAGAGGAGAUUCCAUUAGGCCUAAUGUGGUGUGUGGUGGGGAGGCGCUCGUGGCCUCUGUCCUUCAUCCCCAGCCCUUGUCUUUGGCAUGGGCCUCCAAGAGAGUUGGGAGCAGGAAAGACCCUGGGUGGGCUGUUGUGCGUGAGGGGCCCAGAGGUCCUCGUGAAGCUGUGCUGUGCAUGAAAAAUCCACAGUCGGCUCCAGUGCUGGGCUGUUGAGCCUGGACCUGGAGGGUUGAGGUCGCAGCAUCUUGAGCCCAGGUCAAGCUCCUUGCAGGAGAAGCACUGAACUCUUCUGAGACAUCCUCAGGAAACAUGCAGUGCAGCCCUGCUGGAGUCCGGGGUUGGGGUAAGGCUUGUAGAAAGCUGCCACAACUCCCCACAAAGCCUGACAAUGGUCUGACAGCUCUGCUGCCUCCCCAGGGGCUGGAACGCACCACUCCUGGUGGGGGUGGAGACUUAGGAAUAAUAUUGACGUUGAUUGAUGGCAUAUUGGCCUGUAUGGGUGGCUCAUUCCUGCUUCACUGUCCUCAGCGAGCAAGGCACCAGAGGGAUCAUCUCCAGAUGCCCAAAACCAGAGAGAUGGAAAACAUCAUUCCAGGGCAAAGUGUGGUACGGGUUUCUCACUUCCCCUGGGAGCUGGUUGUGGGUCACAUGACGUGUGCACAGAAAACACUCUGGCUUUCUGGGCUGGUCCUGCCGUGUUAUUUGGAGGCCAUUCAAUACCUUCACAGUGAGGUUUCAUUUUCCACUCACGAAGGGCCCAGAGCUCCCCAAGCUGCAGGGUAACACGUCUGCUAUUGUUGAAAGGACAAGACACUCAUUGAACACUCAACCCUUGGGUAGAAACACUACCUCACAGGCUGCGGGUGGAGCACAGGGGCAGGCCCCAGCAGGAGGUCCCAUCCCAAGCAUGGUGUUUAGAAUGACAGUUCCCUGGCAGGGGGCUGUGCUGAGGUUGGCAAGCUUGGCUGUGGUACUCACUGACUUGGAAUGUCAACCUCCCAAGGGGGGCUGUGCCUCCCAGCACACACAGGGGGGUCAGCAGUGUGGGGAGGGGAGGAGAGACCUGUGGAAAUGACCACAUGGCUGAGCUGGCCUGGUGCGUCUUGGGUUCAGGGUUCACUCGUGGGGGCAUCUGACAUCUGCUCUGUUAUCCCUCCUGGGGGUGCCUUUGGCAGCUAAAAAACACUACCUGAACAGUCUUCUCGUGUUCAGGUCUUAUGGUCUGCAGAGGGCAAUUUAUAUCUAUGAAGCAAUAGUGACUCAUGAGAAUGCAUUCAAUGCAUUCAAUGUCCAAGCCCAGUGUCUGGUCUCACUGUGUCCUGGGUUAUGUGCAAAGCUUGGGAUGCAGGUGGCUGAGUGGUCUGUGAUGGACCCCGUCUGUGUUGAAGGAAUGUUUGCCUUAUUCUGGAAACUUCUUGAAUCUGCAAUGACCCUUAAUGAUCCCCUACAGAAGAAAUCAUUGUUCCCCUGAGAGCUGUGUUCUAAGAUCUUUGUCAAUGACUUUCAUUUUUGAUGAAUUUUAGCUGAAUAUACAGAGUAUUUGCCAUGACAUUUUCCUAGGAGUGGGAUAAACUUGUUCCAAGCCAUCUCUGGUAGACUCAUCUGUUCCUUCUUGUGCCUAUCAUAGUGCGUCCAAGGUGGUUUAUGCACGUCCCUUACUGACUCUUAAUGUCCCUCUCAGAAAUUAGCCAGGUCAAUAUGACCAUCUUCAGGAGAACACUCUUUUAUUUACACCGGGCCCUUAUCUAGAAAUCUAAAGUAGCACAGAGUGGUUUCCUGUGUCCAGUUCAAUCCCCCAGUGCAGUGCCUGGCCUGGGUGCUACUGGCAGAAUGCACUUCAGUUUCCGUAACCAGGCGUUCCUCUUUCAAGGAACACGCUGAAAUUCAGGGCAGAUUCUGAAUCAUUUUGAGAGAGGGAAAAAAUCCUACUUGAAUGAGGAGACCUGGUUUGAGUCCUGCUCCUGCUGUAGAAGACCUCAGAGAAGUUAGUUUUUUGCCUUCCCUGUGCCUCAGUUUCUUCACUAUAAAGGAGUGGCCAGUACCUGUACCAUGAGGUCAUUGUGAGAAUUGGACAAAAGGAUAUGUAAGAAAUAGUAUCAACUGGUAGAAAUGUUGUAAGAGGCUAUUUUUCUUCUCAUGGUCUUAUCUCCUCUGACAGCACAACUUUUUUUUUCUGGAAAACUUUUUCUUGGCCGGGUGUGGUGGCUUAUGAUGGUAAUCCCAGCACUUUGGGAGGCUGAGGUGGGUGGAUAAUUUGAGGUCAGGAGUUUGAGACCAGCCUGGCCAACAUGGUGAAAUCCACCUCUACUAAAAAUAUAAAAAUUAGCCGGGCAUGGUGGUGGGUGACUGUAAUCCCAGCUACUUGGGAGGCUGAGGCAGGAGAAUCGCUUAAACCUGGGAGGUGGAGGUUGCAGUGAGCUGAGAUGGCGCCAUUGCUCUCCAGCCUGGGCAACAGAGCGAGGCUCUGUCUCAAAACAAAAAAACAAAAACAUUUUUCUUAUGUUGAGCAGAAAUCAGCUUCCUUAUGUCUUAUAUCCGGCAGACCUAGUUGUUAGCUUUGGAGCAAAAAAAGUAACUCCUAACUCUUAUUCCAAGUGACAUUCUUAUGGAUGUAUAAGAGCUUUCCUGUCCAUCCACCUUACCUCUGUCCAUACUAACGCUUGACCCCCUCCACUAUCACAGUGCCAUUUCAAUGCCUGGCAUUAUCUGGGCUGUCUUAAAAGGCUGUGCCCAGAAGAGAGGAGAAUUCUCCAAACAGAUGUAGUAUAUGCAGCUGUGUUCUCAGAGGCCUUUACUGUGUAUUUUCCCUGCCUGUUCAAUUGUAGGAUUCUGAAUGGCAGAGCCCCUUUCUGUCAUCUGUCUUUUCUCUUGCAUUCCAAUGCCAGGUAAAGUUAUUUUUAUAUAUUGGAUAAAUAAAACAUGUCAUGGGCAAUAAUAAUAA